AUGCGAGGGACAGGUCAGGCGAUCUUUCUGCUGUGCAACUUGGCCAUCAUGGGAUGCUUGGUCUGGACUUUGAGGAAACGUAGGAGGAGCGAGAGUCUGAGCUCGAAUGAGAUGGAGAACAGCGGGACUGCUUCUCCUACUGGAGAACGGUCGGCCACUUCCACUCUGUGCUCUGCUCUGGGAUCUUCCUCCUCCUCCACCACCAGUACCACCAUCAGCAGUAGCAAGAAGGACGUACAUCGUCCCAUCCUCUUCCUCUUCCUCGGCAUCUCCUUUCUCCUGACCAUCCGCGGCGGCUUCGGUGUAGCUCAAGGGGUGGUAUGGAAGCUCAACUACUACAAUGCUGAAAUCUACGACCAGCGCGGGUUUCGCUCGAGUUACGUGAUAGAGGAGACACUGCUGGCUACGCUGCCCGAGUGGUUCUCGUGCAUGGCGCUGAUCGCUAGCGGGAUGAUGGGGUGGAGGACGCAGAAGAGGGAGGCAGAGGGAGAGGUGGGCCAGGACGCGAGGGAUCUAGAGGCAGCCAAGGGAGAGAAGGUGACGAUGCCAAACGGCCAAGGGGCCAUGUCCCUCUCUCUCCCCGCGCCCGUGCACCAAUCACAUGCGGACCUGGAGACUGUCGCCGACUUCUAUCAUGAGGUGGAUCGGAUGCUGGAGGCUCCACUGGAGGUACCAGAGGCAUUCAGAGAUGAUCCGACCAUCGAUGAUGAGACAAAGGAACAUGCGGCUGUAUUUGACAAGUUUCAGAACUUCUUAGCCCUGCUCGAGGAGUGCUAUGACAAGUUCUUGGACCAGCAGUAUAGCCUCGAUUACUGCAUUGCUCGACUGCUAGACUCUGCCUUUGUCAGGUCACACCAUGAUGAGGUCUCCACUUGCAUCUUGGAUCUUCUGGGAAGGGCCACCUCUCUGCCGGUGUUACUCGUCACCUAUGACCUCCUCCUUGCUUGGGGCUUGAAAGAGCCUUCUGUGUACAGGACAGUCCACAAUGGCGUCGGCGGUCUGGCCAGAGAUAAGAUCACACGGCUCGUACAUCAGAUCUGGGCAGGACAUUAUGCAGCUGUGGCAGAUGCGCGCCUUGGCGGAGGAGUGGCUUCCAAUAAUACCAAGCAUUGGUAUGCCAGGACCAAUGGCAGGAGGGAGAGCACCGUGAUGCACGCAGGAGACUUCCAUGACUGGAGCGCCGAAGCUCAGGCUGCAGCAGACGAUGACUCUUCUGCGCAGACCACUGGUGACCAUCCAGUUCUUCAUCGACUCCUCAGUCAGGUAGCAGAGACGUCUAAUGCUGCUCGGACUCGGAUACACCAGAUUCGACUGCGAGACAAGGCGAUACAGAUCCUGUACGAAGUCUGUCGAGUUCAGAGGCUAGAGCCUUCGAAUAUGCGAGCCGUAGACGAGAACUUUGUCAGUCAUCUCUUUGACCUCGUGGAAGAGACGCGUCUCCACGAAGACGAGGCAUUCAAUUACCUGCUCAUCAAGCUCAUCGUUGCACUCAAUGAGCAGUUCAUGGUCAAUGCCAUUGCACUCAAGGGAGCACCAGGGACGUCCGGAGGUAACAUCGUCCUUGGCAUUCUGAAGACACGCCUGCACGUCACCAAGACGUUCGGCGAGAAUCUCAUCUUCAUGCUCAACCGAGCUUCUUCAUCCAGCGCAGAAGACUUCUGCAUGCAGCUCCUCGUUCUCAAGCUGCUCUACCUCCUCUUUACCACAAAGGAGACGGCUCACUACUUCUACACGAACGACCUUCGUGUACUUGUCGACGUCUUCAUCCGCGAGCUCUCUGAUCUACCAGAGGAGAGCGAAUCGUUGAGACACACAUACUUGCGGGUGCUGCACCCGCUUCUGACUCACACACAGCUGUGCUGGUGCAGAGGUGCUUGGAAGCAGAGUGGUGCAUCGAGCUCGACAGGCUAG